UUUGUUGUUAUUAUUGUUACAGUUUUUACUUCAAUUCAGUUUUUAAUAAUUGGCAUUGGCAUCGUAAAAUCAAGCAAAUAAUUAUUUUUGAUCUGAAUAAGAUUAAGUUUCGCAAUGGAACUGUCACAGUUAGAGGAAACAAAAAUUGUAAUUAAGUCGCUUCUUAAAUGCCAUCAGCAUGAAGUUACUGUAGGCAAGCUAAGUCAAGACUUUUACAAAAGUGAAGGAUAUCAAAUACCCUUUGCAAAACUAGGUUAUUCAAGUUUAGAGACUUUUUUGCGAUCUCUCGGUAAUCUAGUAGAGGUUUGUGGAAAAGGUUACAGUGCAACUUUAAAGUUAAUUCAAAAUGAAAACCUUGCUCUAAACUCUGUAAGCUUGGCCAGUAAUGCUAGUAAUAGGGAGUUAACUGCAGAUAUUUUUACUGAAAUUCAGGAUGAAAAACCUACAGUGAACUUACGCAGAAAAUCAGAAGAUGAUGUUGACUUGCCUCCCAAUUGCAUGAAAGAUUUUAAGGUCGAAGUGGUUGACGCUGAUAAGGUGGACAAUGAGGCCUCACAGGCCGAUCUGAUAACCGUAGCUUCAGAUACUACGACGCAUCGCAGUCAUGUAACCACUGAAAUGGUGAACGAAGAAGCCCCUGAUCUCGACUUAGCAAUGACUGAUCUCGACUUAGCCGAGCGUAUCCUUCUGAAUAAAAGGGAGAAGCAAAAGCGAAGAAGACAAAGGCAAAAGGCUGCAAAAGUCACAAGAUCGGUUGAACAACUAGCCGAUCGCUUUAGCGAACUAUGUGGAGUCAUCGCUGGAGAAUGA